AUGUCAUCCGCAGCUAGUAUCCUUCAACGACAAUACAAAGAACUGACAAAAAAUCCAGUGCCGGGAUUCGUCGUCGAUCUUAAAAACGACAGCAUCUUUGAAUGGGAGGUUGCCAUUAUCGGAUCACCAAAGACGAUCUAUGAAGGCGGCUAUUUCAAGGCCACCAUGUCGUUCCCUGAGGAUUAUCCCUUUAACCCACCUACGUUUCGAUUCAAUCGCGAGUUUUAUCAUCCAAACGUGUAUCCGGAUGGUCGACUUUGUAUUUCAAUCCUGCAUCCACCAGGUGAUGAUCCUGUAAGCGGCGAAAAAGCAGAUGAACGAUGGAACCCGACUCAGUCAGUCGAAAGUGUCUUGGUUUCAAUCAUUUCAUUAUUGGCCGAUCCCAAUUGCUCAAGCCCUGCCAACGUAGAUGCCGGUGUGGCAUAUCGAAAGAACCGAGAUCUCUUUGAUUCUAUAGUAAAAACCCAAGUAGAAGCCUCCAAAAAGGAUAUUCCUCCUGGAUUCCAAAUGCCCAAAUCAGAAAAGGAUUUCAUGUUGGCUGCACCCGCAGAAAUAGAAGAAGAUGAAAACUUCUGGUAUGAAUCUGCCGAAGAAAGCGAUUUUCUCGAUGAUGAAGAUGAUGAUAUGGAUGACCAUAGUUCGGGAGGAAAGUAG